GAACUGUUCCCCCGAGUGAAAUUGACCUGCCGGGACUCAACUGAUGUGAAUAUAUCAGCGCAGUAUCUAAAAAGAUAUUACGAAUCGUUCCUAUCAUAUAUAGAAUGUCUUGGAUCUCAGGUAUGAGGUAGAGAUCGACAAGUCAGAAUGAAGAAGUGCAUCAAGUUGGAUAGGUCAGAGAGCUUUGGGAGUGAGUCUGAUCCCAUCCAGGCCAUUCUUUCCCCCCCUAAGUUCAUCACAUCAGCAGACAGCUUUGAGAGAAGAGAACAAUCAUGGUAUGCCAAUUGUCAGAUUCCAACUGAUCUCUCCAUUCAGGUUCAAGAUGUCACUUUUCAUGUUCACAAGUUUCCACUGGUUUCAAAGUGUGGGUACCUAAGCCGAGUCGAAUUCCAGCCUCCAAAUCCAAAUUCAGGCUACGACUACAAGAUCGAAAAGUUCCCAGGUGGAGCAGACACAUUCGAGAUCAUCCUUAAAUUCUGCUACGGUCUCCAAAUAUGCCUGAACCCCAACAACGUAGCCGCGCUAAGAUGCGCCUCAGAGUUUCUGGAGAUGAACGAAGCACAGGAAGAUGGAAACCUCAUCUCCAAAGCAGAGGCUUUCUUCACAUUCGUGGCCCUCUCAUCCUGGAAAGACACCAUCACUGUCCUCAAAUCCUGCGAGCCCCUGUCUCCCUGGGCAGAGAAUCUGCAGAUUGUUCGAAGGUGCUGCGACUCCAUUGCCUGGAAAAUCUGUCAAGAAACUCGGACCGAAGAAACCAUGAAUGAAGUUGAAGAGAGCUGGUGGUUUGAAGAUCUCGCGGUCCUGCGAAUCGAUCAUUUCUUGAGGAUCAUAGCAGCAGUGAGGGCAAAGGGUAUGAAAGGUGAAACCAUAGGUUCAUGUCUCAUGUUCUAUGGGGACAAGUGGCUUAGCAUAAGCAGCAUGGAGAAUGAGAUGAAAGGGAGAAAUGAGUUGCAGUGGAAUAUCACGGUUGGAGUGAGGCAAGAAAGGGGGAUUAUUGGACAGAAUAAUAAGGAGCAGAGAAUCAUCAUAGAGAGCCUUGUUAGUGCUUUGCCUCCCCAGAAAGAAGCAGUUUCUUGCAAGUUCCUUCUCAGGAUGUUGAAAUUGGCCAUUCUUCAUUCUGCAUCACCAGCUCUAGUUUCAGAGCUUGAGAAGAGAGUGGGAAUGGUUUUGGAGAAUGCAAAUGUCCAUGAUCUCUUGAUUCCUAGCUAUUUUGUAACAGACCAAGGAAAUCCCAUCAAUCAGAGUGAAGAUCAGACAAUGCACAACAUAGAUGUGGUACAAAGAAUCUUGGAGUAUUUCCUGAUGUAUGAACACCAGAGACUGCAACAACAAGAACAACAAAAAACCUCAACACUCAACAUCAGCAAACUUGUGGACAACUACCUAGCAGAAAUUGCAAGGGAUCCCAAUCUCUCCAUAACCAGGUUUCAAGUCCUGGCUGAGUUCUUGCCUCGAAAUGUGCGAACCUGCGACGACGGCCUCUACAGAGCCAUCGACAUCUACCUCAAGAGCCAUCCUUCCCUGUCAGAACACGAUAGAAGAAGGCUAUGCAAAGUCAUUGACUGUGAGAAGCUGUCACUUGAUGCAUGCAUGCAUGCUGCCCAGAAUGAUAGAUUGCCCCUAAGAAUAGUGAUCCAGAUUCUGUUUGCAGAGCAAGUGAAGAUGAGGGCUGCGAUGCAGCAGAAAGGUCAAACGAGCAGCGAUGAUAACUCAGAGAAGGGAGAGAGUUGUUGGUCGUCUACCAAAAAAGAGGUGAAGUGCGUUAAAGAAGAACUGGAUAAGUUAAAGGAACAAAUGGAAGAGCUGCAGAAGGACUACUCUGAUCUGCAAAAAGAAUAUGAGAAAGUGAAUAAGCACAGUAAGAAUUUUGCAAUAUGGGCAAUUGGGUGGAAGAAGAUUAAAAGGGCCACACUUUUUAAUGGGAAGUUGGAGGUAGAAGAAUCUGAUGAAGCACAAAACCGAACCAAUCAUGGGCGCAGAUCAAACCCCCGCCGUACGCAGUCUGUAUCCUAGUAUACAUGUUUUUCACACAAAAUACUAUAGUAAAGGAAUUCAGUUUGUACUGUGGUGUUUACCCUCAUUAAUUUUUUUCAGGCAAAUUAUUCUAUGGACCCGA